AUGGAAAUGAAAGUAAAUAGUUUAAAAAAAUCAAAACAAAAAAUACCAAAGAUGAACUCUCCACCCACCAGCACGAGUAGCGUUGUUGCUGGUUCCAUGAUGAUUUCGGGCUCAUCAACGCCAAGCACACCGGUUUCCAUCGCUUCGACCAAUGUGUUUGGUGGUAUUGCUCCGCUAUUACCAUCGGCAUCAACAGAAUCGUCCGUACAACAACAACAAGAACACACACCAAGUUCAAAAGGAGUGCGAGCAUGGCAAAUAUGCCCUGGAUCCAUUAACCCAUAUCAUCAAGCCUUCUCAUGGACCACGCACAUGGGAGAUGAAAUGAUUGCCUAUGCCAGUGGAAAAUAUAUCAUGAUUUAUUCCGGAAAUAAUUUUCUUCAAAUAUUGGAGGGUCAUGAUGACAUUGUUACAUGUGUAAAGUGGAGCAAUCUUCACAGUAGAAUCGCAGCUUGCUCAAAGGGUAAAAUCAUUAUUUAUUCUCAGGUAGAGGAGGACGAAACGGAGCAUGGUUUUUCGAAAAAGACUCCAACUUGGGCAAUUGAACAAAUUAUUAAUUCUGUAGAUAUAGAGUUCGAUUGCAUGGAUUGGAAUUUGUAUGGAGAUCGUCUAAUUGUUGGAGGAAGAGUUACAAUGAUUCUUGAAGGAGUGCCAGUAUUAGGCCAAAUCUAUAAAUGGAACGUUGUUUGGAGAUAUGAAAAUCCUACACCAGUACACAUCGUGGCAUAUUCUCCCGAUGAGAAGUAUUUUGCAACAGUGUCAAAAUAUGAUCGAUUGGUAAAGGUUUGGUAUCGAAACAAGCCAAUAGUGAUACCCUCUUUCACACCUGUGAUUUCCAUCACCGAUACACAAGAGCCUUCUGCUGUCGAGGAAGAAGCUGAAGCAUUUUCCUAUAUUUAUUUACCUCAUCCUCGUUCUGUUACAUCCUUAUCUUGGAGAUUUAAGGAAAUUGGCUCUCAAAAAAAGGACGAAUUUGCAGCCAAUGUAUUGUUGACAACAUCAAUUGACAAUGUCGUUCGAGUUUGGAGCGAAACCAACGAAACUGAAGAUUUAUCAUUUUAUGUUUGCUCUAUAAUUGAAAAAGAAACACAAUCCAAUGUUCAAUGGUUGAAUACAGCAUUCGAAAAAAGUCCCAAUCAAGUAUUAUUGCA